AUGGGUACAAACUGGGCUUCGGACUGGUCAACAACGACACCAAGUUUACCAGCCACGCCAGACUUUGGCAUUGAAGCCACCCCCGAACCUUUCUAUACCAACCUUGACUCAUCGGAAAUUGGGUUUAUGGACCCUGCAUUCCUAUCAACGGCACAAGUCAAACCAAAAACGACGCAAAUCGCUCAGCCGGAUUUGGUCCUUGGAGACCAGUUCGCAAAGACACCCUUGGAGCAGCUUUGCUCCCCAGAGCCGCAAGCUCGUGACGCAUAUAUGGAUACAAAGGAUUUGAAACCGCUGAGAUACACAUACAACGAUACGAUGAGCACAGCACACCCACACUCCUUUUCCUCAUCAUCCACAAUACACACACCCAUGAGCCAAUCCAUGGGAUCCUACGACCCUCCACAAUUUCUAGCUGACUCCUCAAAACCUACACCGCAUUGCUGCUACACGUUGGCCUAUUCGACAUUCCAGAGCAUCACCGGCGGUGUAGAUGGAGCUAUUCCUCUGAACUCCUCUGUCACAUCAACGUCACAACAGAUGGAUUCCGUCUACCAUGUCCCAUUCUCACAACCAGAGUUCCCAAGCUCGUUGAUUGGAGCUGGUAGCAACGAAGGAACGAACUACGCUCUGCAGGAUAUGCAUGCCCAGAGACACAGAUUUGACGAGCUAGAGCGCCAGAGACAUAGAAGACAGAUGGUACUCUACGAGCUGCGGAACUGCGAAAAGCUAGUUGAAGCACUCGUUGAGUGGAGGGGAAACGGAAGAUCUUGUGAGCAGGCAAAGUACCUGUAUGGUAUGCUGGGUGCGUGGCUAGAGAGGGAGUUGCACAAGACGGUGGAGGAGAUCAAGGGGGUUGAGAUACCGCAUAUAAGGGCAGGUUAG